UGAAAGGCAGUUGAGGUCAGAAACAGAGAAACAAAACUCGAUACAGGUCAAAGAUCUCAAUUUUCAUCGGCAUCAUCACCAUCUCAGAAAAACCAAGAGAGCAGAAAACAAUGAUCGGAGACGGAAUCGAAGAUGAAGAGAAAUGGUUAUCUGAAGGAAUUGCAGGUCUUCAGCAAAAUGCCUUUUACAUGCAUCGAGCCCUGGAUUCGAAUAAUUUGAGAGAUGCCUUGAAAUAUUCUGCCCAGAUGUUAUCUGAGCUUCGUACAUCAAGGCUUUCACCUCAUAAAUACUAUGAGCUUUAUAUGCGAGCUUUUGAUGAAUUAAGGAAGUUGGAGAUGUUCUUCAAGGAGGAGACCAAGCGUGGUUGCUCUGUUAUCGAUUUAUAUGAGCUUGUACAACAUGCUGGCAACAUUUUACCUAGACUGUAUCUCCUCUGUACAGUAGGAUCAGUGUACAUAAAAUCGAAGGAAGCUCCUGCCAAGGAUGUUCUCAAGGACCUUGUAGAAAUGUGUCGUGGAAUUCAACAUCCUGUACGUGGGUUAUUUCUACGAAGCUACCUUUCCCAAGUUAGUAGGGACAAGUUACCUGACAUUGGUUCUGAGUAUGAAGGUGAUGCUGAUACUGGCAUGGAUGCUGUUGAGUUUGUGCUUCAAAAUUUUACUGAGAUGAAUAAACUUUGGGUCCGGAUGCAGCAUCAGGGACCUGCCAGGGAAAAGGAGAAGCGGGAAAAAGAAAGGAACGAGCUUCGGGAUCUGGUUGGGAAAAACUUACAUGUCCUCAGUCAAAUAGAGGGUGUGGACCUUGAUAUGUAUAAAGAUACUGUGCUUCCUAGAAUCCUGGAGCAGGUUGUCAACUGUAAAGAUGAGAUUGCCCAGUAUUAUCUAAUGGAUUGCAUUAUCCAAGUCUUCCCAGAUGAGUACCACUUGCAGACGUUAGAGACAUUAUUGGGUUCCUGCCCUCAACUUCAGGCUACAGUUGACAUCAAGACAGUGCUAUCUCAGUUGAUGGAUAGGUUAUCUAACUAUGCUGCUUCAAGUGGGGAGGCGCUACCUGAAUUUUUACAAGUAGAGGCUUUUGCUAAACUGAGCAACUCAAUUGGAAAGGUCAUCGAAGCACAGGUGGACAUGCCUGUGGUUGGAGCUAUUAGCUUAUAUGUUUCUCUUCUUACUUUUACUCUGCGUGUUCAUCCUGAUCGGCUUGAUUAUGUGGAUCAAGUAUUGUCUGCAUGUGUUAAAAAACUCUCGAGCAAGGCUAAAUUGGAGGACAGCAGAGCAACAAAACAAAUUGUUGCACUUUUGAGUGCUCCCCUGGAGAAAUACAAUGAUAUUGGCAUUGCACUAAAGCUUUCCAACUAUCCCCCUGUCAUGGAUCACCUAGAUAGUGCAACUAAUAAAGUCAUGGCAGUGGUUAUCAUACAAAGCAUCAUGAAGAACAACACUUGCAUUUCAACUGCUGAUAAAGUUGAUGCAUUGUUUGAAUUGAUCAAGGGGCUUAUAAAGGAUUUGGAUGGGACCCCUGUGGAAGAGCUUGAUGAGGAGGAUUUCAAGGAGGAGCAAAGUUCAGUUGCUGGUCUCAUUCACAUGCUGCACAAUGAUGACCCUGAAGAGAUGUUGAAGAUCAUAUGUACUGUUAAGAAGCAUAUACUGACUGGAGGACCACAACGGCUUCCUUUUACUGUUCCCCCUCUAAUAUUUUCUGCACUCAAGUUGGUCAGGCGGUUGCAAGGUCAGGAUGGGGAUGUAGUUGGAGAAGAUCAGGCAGCAACACCUAAGAAAAUCUUUCAGCUCUUGCAUCAGACAAUCGAGGCUCUAUUAUCUGUCCCAGCUCCAGAACUGGCUUUAAGAUUGUACUUGCAAUGCGCAGAGGCUGCAAAUGACUGUGAUCUUGAACCUGUUGCAUAUGAGUUUUUCACUCAAGCAUUCAUACUAUAUGAAGAAGAAGUUGCGGAUUCGAAGGCCCAGGUGACUGCAAUACAUCUCAUAAUUGGAACUCUUCAAAGGAUGAAUGUAUUUGGCGUUGAGAAUAGGGAUACUCUGACACAUAAAGCAACUGGGUAUUCCGCAAAGCUUUUAAAGAAGCCCGACCAAUGCAGAGCUGUUUAUGCGUGUUCGCAUCUCUUUUGGCUAGAUGAUCAAGAAGGUUUGAAGGAUGGAGAAAGGGUCCUGCUUUGCUUAAAGCGUGCAUUAAGAAUUGCAAAUGCUGCACAACAGAUGGCGAGCGCUACACGUGGUAGCGGUGGACCAGUCACACUUUUUGUUGAAAUAUUGAACAAGUACCUGUACUUUUUCGAGAAAGGAAACCCUCAAAUCACAAGCACUGCAAUCCAGGGUUUGGUUGAAUUGAUCAAUACAGAGAUGCAAAGUGACACAACAGCAUCAGAUUCAUCUGCUGAUGCAUUCUUUUCGAGCACACUACGGUACAUCGAAUUCCAGAAGCAAAAGGGUGGUACAAUGGGUGAAAAGUAUGAGCCAAUCAAGGUGUGACAUUGGGGAGCUAUGUAGGGGCGACUCUUUCCUCACUAGUUCCACUUCCCUCUACCAUUCUUUAGAACUUUUAAUUGCCUUGAUCUUUCAGUGAAACAUCCAUUUCAACACUAAUUUCCUUAGUGCUGUUGAAGUUCGAUAAUAUCGUGUUCUUUUGGAAGGCCACAAUUAUCAUUGCAACCAGCCACAGUUUGUGCAUUUGAGUGCCCAAGCUGGGCGAAUAUAGGGUGUAAUGGCGUAGCAAAACAAAUGGUAAAGUGUAAUUAAAAGUUUCGAAUUAAUGUAAAAUUUCAACUUUGUGCGACUUUUUUCUCCUGGUUGUGUACACUAUAAUUUAAGCUCUUAAAUGAAGUACAUGUGUUUGAGUGGGUGUGGCUCA